GGACUCUUCUGAACGUCUUAAAUCCCUUUAUUGAUGAAGCGAACAGCGAAGUCAAGCUUUACAAAAGUAAAAACUAAACAAACGAGUUGGGGUAAACUAAACUGAAUGAAAAACAAAAACAAACAAAAAACCCCCAGAAUAAAUAAGCUAAUAAAAAAUAGAAAGCUAUAAUACCUCUGGUAGUCGGCACUGUGUCUUGAGAAUACAGUCUUGCCUUAUUUUAAAUCAAAAGCUUCCGUACUUUUGUACAUUUAAGUGUGAUAGUAAGCUUGUCCCCUCAUCGAGCCUACAAGUCAGCACUCAGGGCCAGUGUUGUCCAUUACCCUGCCUGUGUGAGCAUCAGAAACAUGGCGGAAAGCGAGUUGAACGUUGACAGCCUCAUCUCUAGAUUACUGGAAGUGCGAGGAUGCCGUCCAGGGAAGAUUGUACAGAUGACAGAGGCUGAGGUGCGGGGGCUCUGCAUCAAGUCCAGAGAGAUUUUCCUCAGUCAGCCAAUUCUUCUUGAACUUGAGGCUCCACUCAAAAUCUGUGGUGAUAUCCAUGGGCAGUACACAGACUUGUUAAGGCUAUUCGAGUAUGGAGGUUUUCCGCCAGAGGCCAACUAUCUGUUCCUGGGAGAUUACGUGGAUAGAGGGAAGCAGUCAUUAGAGACCAUUUGCCUUCUGCUCGCUUACAAGAUCAAAUAUCCAGAAAACUUCUUCUUGCUCAGAGGGAACCACGAGUGUGCCUCCAUCAAUCGCAUCUACGGCUUCUAUGAUGAAUGCAAACGCAGGUUCAACAUAAAGCUCUGGAAGACAUUCACAGACUGUUUUAACUGUCUGCCCAUUGCUGCGAUUAUUGAUGAGAAGAUUUUCUGCUGUCACGGAGGACUGUCACCUGAUCUGCAGUCCAUGGAACAAAUCCGACGCAUUAUGAGACCCACUGAUGUCCCAGACACAGGCUUGCUGUGCGACCUGCUGUGGUCUGAUCCAGACAAAGAUGUCCAGGGCUGGGGUGAAAAUGAUCGGGGCGUCUCCUUCACCUUUGGGGCUGAUGUGGUCAGCAAGUUCCUCAACCGCCACGACUUGGACCUCAUCUGUCGAGCACAUCAGGUUGUUGAGGACGGUUAUGAGUUCUUUGCAAAGCGGCAGCUGGUGACCCUGUUUUCUGCUCCCAAUUACUGUGGGGAGUUUGACAAUGCAGGCGGCAUGAUGAGCGUGGACGAAUCACUCAUGUGUUCUUUUCAGAUCUUGAAGCCGUCAGAGAAAAAAGCUAAGUAUCAGUAUGGAGGGGUGAAUUCAGGGCGCCCGGUCACCCCACCUCGUACCACUCAGGCACCUAAAAAGAGGUGAGCAGCUGGCCCCGACUCUCCUGCUCCUCCUCUGGCUGGGCUUUGGCCCACAUCCCUGCAGGCUGCCUCAAACACUCCAGCCUUCUCAGUCAGUUUAUUCAUGUGUAAAUAGAAACUCAAAGAGAGGGUUUUUUGUUUUGCUUGUUCUGUGGGUAUUUUUAUGAAUAUGUGAGUGAUUUUUCUUUUUUAAUGCUACAGUAUGUAUUUACUCAGCUCAUUCAGGAAUAUUAACACCAACCUUUUUUCGAAAUGGGCGAGAUGCUUCUUUGCCUUCAGAUUAAAAAAGUCGUGGUUUUGUAAAUGCAUGCACGCUUGUGUGAUUGAGAUGAGCUCUUUGUUUAAGCAAUGUGUAAAAUCAGCAGACUCUCCCAGCCUACAGGUCCAAAUAAUUCCAGUCUCAUCUCGAUUCCCACUGUGUUAUCUCAAGUAUUACACUGGUUAAAUCAUUAAACAUUUUGGGAAAUAUGCUCCUUUGUGUUCCUGCAAAAUAUCAGGUAAGACUUCUCACCUGUUAAAUAUGGCUUUCAUAGCUUAGCACAAGGACCUGAAAUCACUCUUCAGACUUCCCAGUAUAAAACUUAAAUUGACAGAUGUCUUGUUAAGGACACAUUGCAUCUCUAUACUUGUCACGCUUUCAAAAGUAUGGAUAUGCUCUCAAGGACCCCUCCACAGAAUGGCUGUUUGCUGCAUUAGUGCAUUUCCCACCAUCACGGGUGUUAGUUUGCGAAACAGAUGUGCCAUGAGCACAGAUCCAUUAAUUGGACACAAAUUGUUGUGCUUCCAGUCUGAAAGUGCAAAAGACUCUGGAGACACUCAGGACUAACAAUUUUAAGUUUUCCUAAUUGAUACUUUGAGGCUUUAGUUGUGUUUUUAGGUGUUGAUUUGGUUUAGGCAGCAAAAAUAUCUGGUUAGAUUAAGGAAAAGAUCAUGGGUUGGGUUUAAACAGGUGUAGCAAAUGUUUUAAAGCAGCGCAUGUGGGCACAAGAAGUACUUCCAGCUGAAGUGCAUUAAAUUCAAUGCUGGGGUAAGUGUCAACAAAAAGGACAAUUUGUGUUCACAAGUAGUCGUAUUGUUUACUCCUUCAGGUUUUGCAGUGAGACUGAGCUGCAGGGUAGCAUAAGCAAAGUAUCUACCAGGUCGAUGGUUAGAUUCAGCUCCUCCAUUUUUUUUCAAGUUUAUUCACAAAUUAAAUUUGAUUAAAUUUAAAUUUCAUUGCGAUCAAAUUUUGACUACUUUCUUAAAAUUCACAUACUAUAUAAGUAUGUACUGUACAGGGUGUACAGCAUUAAAGUUUACUUAAAGAAACACCUUUAAAAUUAGUGUGGGUUUUUUUUUUUGUUUGUCCAGAUAAACCAAAUAUUGUUAACGUUCUUGUUAAUAUUAUUGAGCUUUGGAGGUGCUGAUAUGUUGAUUUCGUUGUAUUUGAUCUCUGCUAGUUAUGCUAGACACUUGAUUCCAGUCUUUAUGCUAAGCUCUGUUAGCUGUAUCUACAGUCCCAAAGAACAAAAAAAACAAACAAACUGUUAAUCAAUUCACCAUGAAUCUCACUCUUAGCAGGUACGGCCAAAGCAUAUUUCCCAUAAUGUUAAAUUUUAUCUUUAAACGUGACAGCUAAAACUUUUCUUACGACUAAAGAAUGUUUUCUCCCUAUGGAGAUGCCAAUAAAAUCCAGAGACUUUUAUGAUGUACGUGCAAUAAAUAUUGCUAGAAAUCUUGCUGUAUGCAAGCACAAUUAUGUGAGAUGGCUAUUAAAGCCUCUUAAUUUCAAAAAGAUGCCAACUUGUGCUAAAUCUUUAGUUGGGCAUUUGUAUAAAGCCGAUGCUCCUCGUAGUGUUUCAAGUCCAUUUUUCCACAACUCAUACUGUACUGUGUACAUUUUUAAUCCCUCACAUCACUGAACAAGCAUUAGUGGGUGUUUCCAUUGUUGGUAUAAAAUAUCGAUAAAGCAACAGUGUAUAUGGUUCCUUUUUUCCUUCUGAAGUAAAAAUCCAGACAUCAUGGACCCAAACUGCUCAGAGAGCACUUUGAGUGUGUCCUUUAGUCUGAUAAAUACAGUAAAUGUGUAGAAAAGUAGACAGAUGUGCCAGUGUGAAAAAAGAGAAAAAGAAGGUAAGAAAAUGAAGAACACGGCAUCUUGUUAGAUACAAGACGAGGCUUCAAAUACAGGAUUAACUAGUAGUUGUCAGUUCAUUUUUAAUGUUCACAGCUCAGUUGUAUGUUUGUUCUUCACAGCAGUGGGGUUUGACCAUGCCCUCUUUCACUGUCCAGAAUGCACUUUCUGUUACUGUGUGUGAAAAGAGGGUAAAAUGUAUCAAGUCAAGAUGCCUGCAUUUUGUUUGUUGUUGGCAUUGCAUUACGUAUUGACUGUUCCGACUUUGUGGUUACCGAAUCAAGUACAGUACAUCAUUUCCAACUCACUAACCAACAUUUAACCUUCAUAUCUUGCCUUUUGCCUUGUAAAUCUAUUGGUCUUCAAGUUGAGAAACAGUAUGUUAAGAUGUUCUGAGAUUUGUACAAGUUUGUUUCAAAUGAGUGAAAUAAAUGGAAGCGUUGUUAAGCCUG